AAGGAGCUCCAUAACAACAAGCUAGCAGCGCAGAAGUCAUGGACGGAAGAGAGCAGAGCUCACUAGUUUAUACCAGUUAGUUCAGCGGCUUAUUUAACCACCAUGGUGCCAUUAAAGCGAAGAAAAGUCAUUUCCUCCAAUACUGGGAAGGACUGCGGCGGGGAUAAAGCCCCGACAAAGUUCCCUCAGGUGAUUUUAUUCCUGCUGGAGAGGAAGAUGGGAGCCAGUAGAAGAGCUUUCCUGUCUCAGCUCGGACGAAGCAAAGGCUUCCAGGUGCAGGAGGUGUUCAGUAAAAGCGUCACACAUGUCAUUUCUGAAAACAACUCUGCUGAUGAGGUCAGGACGUGGCUGAACUCGCAAGUCAGAAGUGAAAGCCACACAGCGGUUCACCUCCUGGAUAUCAGCUGGUACACAGAGAGCAUGCGUGCAGGCAGUCCUGUGGAGAUACUGGACCGGCAUAAACUACAAGAGCAGCAGAUAAAUGAAGCAGAGGCUGUUCUGUUCUCAGUACCCAGCUACGCCUGUCAGAGAAGGACCACUCUGGACAACUGUAACACCACCCUCACUGACGCUCUGUCGCUCCUGGCUGAAAAUGCUGAGCUGAGUGAGGAGGACGGGCGAGGUGUUGCGUUCCGACGGGCUGCCGCUGUGCUGAAGGCGCUCCCUGUACGGGUGACGGCCAUGUCCCAGCUCAAAGGGCUGCCCUGUUUGGGAGAUCACUCACUCAGGGUCAUCAAAGACAUUUUGGAGAAUGAAGCAUCAAGUGAGGUUGAAUCCACCAAACACUCUGAGCGGUUUAAAGCGCUAAAGGUUUUGACAGGUAUUUUUGGGGUUGGACCAAGAACGGCUGAGCGGUGGAUCAGAGAGGGAAUACACAACCUCCAUCAGCUACGAGAGUCAGGAGUAACGCUCAAUCGAGCACAGCAAGCAGGUCUGGAGCAUUACGACGACCUGAACCAGCAGGUCACCAAAGCAGAGGCAGACGCCAUCGCUGAGAUCGUGCAGAAAGCCGUUGAUUCUGUGUUGCCAAGCGCUCAGAUUACUCUGGCCGGAGGAUUCAGGAGAGGCAAGCAGACGGGCCAUGAUGUUGACUUCCUGAUAACACACCCAGAGGAGGGCAGAGAGGUGGGACUGAUGCCUAAAGUCGUCUCCUGGUUGGAGUCACAGGGUUUUCUGUUGUACCAGAAAGUUACAAGAAACUCGUACCUGGAAGUAAACGAUGGUCCCGGUCGACCCUCCUCCAACAUGGACCGCUUUGAGAGAUGUUUCUCCAUCUUUAAACUGGCCAAGAGGGAAGAGCGAGGAACCAAAGUGACAGAAAACACUGUGAAAACCAAGGACAGCGUUGGAGCCCACAUGCACUCAGAGACGGAUCAAAGUCCACCAUCACAUUCACACGAGCUGGAUCAACAUGACUCGACGAACAGACGGUGGAGAGCCGUCAGAGUGGACCUGGUUGUCUCUCCAAUCAGCCAGUUUGCCUUCGCUCUGCUGGGCUGGACCGGAUCCAAAUUGUUUGAGAGAGAGCUGCGGCGCUGGGCAGGACACGAGAAGGCCAUGUCUCUGAGCAGCCACGCGCUGUACGACAACAAACAAAGUCGAUAUCUGAGAGCUGCAUCAGAGGAGGAGAUAUUUACUCAUCUUGGUCUGGAGUACAUCCCUCCAUCAGAGAGAAAUGCCUGAGAAGAACCGAUGAAGCUCAGCGAAGAACACCUGAAGAGAAGGAGAACAGGACUGUGUGGCUCCAGGUGCAAGUGAUACGUCCAGUGAAUGCCCAUUUAUGCUUCUGCAUUGAUGCUGUAGGACCUUUAGAAGGAGCUUCAAUUCGACACGUUUCUUUAGUUUAAUUGCACACAGAUCACACAGACUCGUCUUGAAAAUAAAGACAAAAAUUAAGUUCAUCAUUCCACUCUUUCUUGUACAAAAAUAGACACGUUAGACAAAAAUAUUUCAACCUGAAACGCUGUCAGUUUAUUCCAAAAGUGCACAAAAUUUGUCCACGAAGUCCAACAUGAUGCACGGCACAGACAGAAUACUGCACCGCUCCAUCUGCUCCUGUUGCCUUUAAAUGCUUGUUAGGUUCCAUUAAGUGUCUUUUGUAUUACAGAAGAACAACAGUACAAUUCUUUCUGUGAACAGCAUGAAUUUAAUUACAACAUAGAUGCCAUUCAGAAUACUCAGUGGUGGAUUAUGUAGC